AUGAGAGUGACGGACCCCUCCACCACUCGCCGCAAGCUUUCAGUUUCCAGCCGUGAGAGCCUUCAGUUCUGGCUUAAGUGGUGCGAGGUUCCACCCCUCUUCUUUCCCUUGCAGAAACCUGCAGAUGUUCCCAUUGUCUGCGCCGCCGCCGACGCCCGCGCGGAUGGGGACCUUGUCGGGAUAGGGGGUUUUAUCGAAUGGCCUUCACGCCAAAUUUCGUGGUUCAGCCAGUCCUGGCGUGUCCCAGACCUGUCCUCACUGGGUGUGCCUUUGCAGGUGCCAGCUCACCAGGACAUCACAUGUUACGAGACGUUGGCACAGCUUGGCCUCAUUCUUUGUCUCCAUUCCGUGGUGCCCUUGGCACGCUGGACAGUCCGUCUCCACACUUGGUCCGACAACACAGGCGCAGAGGCAGGCAUCAAUAAGCUCUACAGCUCGGCCUUUCCUUUGUCAGUGUUUCUGAAACGCUUGUCAAUGUUGGCGUGCAUGACUGGCAUUGAGCUCGACGUGUUCCACGUACCCGGCGAAAAGAAUGACGAUGCAGAUUUGCUCUCCCGCUGGAGUGACGAGUCCCAGCCCUUGCCUGCCAAGUUCCUUCCGGACUUUCGUGUGGACUGCAGCCUCGCACGCAUCUGGCACUUUCGUUCCGAUGUGCGCCUUUGGCCUCCAGAUGCCAAGCUCAAAUGGCAGCCGCCAUAA